AUGCGGAUCACCAACACGAUCUACUGCUUCUUGGGCAGCGCUCUUCUGAGCAAUGCACAGACUGUUGAUCUGGGAACUGCAUCUUCGUUUGAUGCUCUGGGCGCUGCUGGAGUGACCAACACUGGACUCACUGUCAUUACUGGAAGUGUCGGGACUACGGGAGAUUCCGUCACUGGCUUUCCUCCGGGAGUCUUCUCGGGCUCGCUCGAGGUCGGAACCGCUGCUGCUGCCACCGCAGAUGCCGACUUCCAAUCGGCGUACGAUCAGGGUUCCGCUCUUGAAGCAACUGUGGAUUACGCAGGAUUGGCUGAGAUCGGUGGCCUGACUCUGGCUCCCGGCGUCUACAACUUCGACACCGCAGUGACCCUUACUGGAAUCCUUACCCUCUCAGGCAGUGGAACCUACGUUUUCCAGUUCGCUUCCAGUUUCACCACCGCUUCGGGUUCCAGCGUGCUUCUCACAAAUGGGGCCUCUGCUUGUGAUGUCUUUGUUCUCGCUGGAACUUCGGUCACUCUUGGGACAGAGUCCGACUUCUCUGGCAACAUCUUGGCUCAGGCAGCCGUCACCCUGACCACCGGAGCUUCCGUAGAUGGUGGACUGUAUGCCGGUACUGCAGUGACCCUCGACACCAACAUUGUGAACGCCUGCGAUGCUCAGCCCCCCGUCAGCAGCACCUCGAGCUCCACCACGAUGUCGUCGACUUCAUCGACCUCGUCUUCAAUCUCCACCUCAAGUCCUGUAAUAACGACCAGCUCAUCUUCGUCUUUGACGACGUCUACCUCGAGUACUACAAAGGCGACCACGACGAGCUCGUCUUCGUCCCUGACAACGUCUACCUCGAGUACCACAAAGGCAACCACCACGAAGAAGACGACCACGGAGAAGAGCACAACGAAGGCAACGACAACGAAGAAACCAACCACCACAUCAUCAACCUGGAAGACAAGCACUACUAAGAAACCCUCUCCAUCUGAGUACCCAACUGCCACCACGACCAAGAAACCAUCUCCGACCGAGUAUACAACCGCCACCACGACCAAAAAGACAACAGCCACCACAAAAAAGGCGACGACCACCACAAAAAAGGAGACGACCACCACCAAAAAGGAAACCACCACUACCAAAAAGCAGACUACCACCACCAAGAAGUCAACAACAACCAAGCCGGCCCCUCCCCCUAUGCCCACUCCCCCUAAGCCAACUCCUCCAAAGCCAACUCCGACCAAAAAGCCAGAAGGCCCGAAGUGCCCCGAUAAGAAGAUUGACCUGGUCGGCUACCUUGCGUGCAUCCUGAAUGGCGGUCAUGAGUAG